AUCAUUGAUUAUCAAUUAUAAGAAACUGCGCACGCGCUGAAGUUUGCAGUCAGUCGUGCGCGAACCGCCAUCGGAGGUGCGUGUCCCGCGUGCGUAGUGUGCCGAAAAACUCCGCGUUUUUUUUUUUAUAAUGAAUCCGCUAAUCCAAUUAACGGCCUUUUUGGUCGUAGCAACAUUAUCCUCAAGCAGCAUAGUGAAGUCGCCGCCGGCAGCCUCCAGCGGAGAUAACUUCGAGCUUCUAAUACUCCACAAUAAUGAUAUGCACGCGAGAUUUGAACAGACGUCACAGCUCAGUGGAACUUGCACUCCGGCUGACAGAGACGCUGGAAAGUGCUACGGUGGAUUCCCCAGGGUAGCAUACGUUGUGAAGGAGGCCAGAAGAAAAGCACUAAAUGGCGAAGGUCCUCCCGUCUUGUACUUGAAUGCUGGUGACACAUACACCGGUACGGCCUGGUUCACCAUAUACAAGUGGAAGAUCGCCGCUGAGUUCAUCAACGCAUUACAACCUGACGCAGUUUCACUCGACAACGAUGAAAUUAAAAGUGGAUCCUCCGACAUAUCACCUUUCUUGAACAGUAUCAACACUAAAAUAGUAUCAAGCAAUGUUAUGUUCAGUACUUUAGAGGAUAAUGAGAAGAUACAAAAAUCUAUAAUACUUGAUAUUGAUGGAAGAAAAGUAGGCAUAGUAGGAUAUCUAAAAUUAAACACAAAAUUUUUGGACAGUACUGGCCAAAUUGAGUACGUUGAUGAAAUUCUAGCGUUGAAAGAAGAAGUAGCAAAAUUAAAGGCCUUGAAAAUAGAUAUAAUAGUGGCAUUGGGUCACUCAAAUAUAGACACAGAUAUUGAGAUUGCAAAGGAAAUUGAGGAUAUUGAUAUUGUUAUAGGUGGUCGUAAAAAUAUUAUCCACUGGAAUGGUGAUAUUGUGCAAAGUGACACUAAAGAACCUUUUGUUGUUACACAGAAAUCUGGAAAGCAAGUUUUAGUAGUUCAAUCAUCAGCAUAUGAUAAAUAUCUUGGAAGUUUGAACAUAAAAUUUGACAGCAAUGGUAAUAUUAUUGAGUACAACUCGAAACCUAUUCUGUUAGAUGAAUCAGUUUUUCAAGACCCAGAAUCUCUUCGUCUUGUCAAUAAAUACUACGAUGAAAUUACUUCUACUUCCCAGGAAGUACUUGGCCAGACGUCUGUUGUACUUGACGGAGAUUCAUGUAAAAGAGAAGAAUGUAAUUUUGGAAAUUUGAUAACUGAUUCCAUGAUGUACUAUUACGCAGUAAGAUUCGAAGGUAGCAGUUGGACUGAUGCGCCGAUAGCUAUUAUUAACGGUAAUGCUAUCAGUUCUUCUAUUUCACCACCUAACCGUCCAGCUUCCAUCACUACAGGGGAUUUACUUUCAGCUUUAUCAAUAGAAGAUAACUUAGUGACGAUCACAAUUACUGGAACGAUAUUUAAUGAAUUAUUAGAGUACGCGGUCGCUGACUAUAGUGUAUCAAACCCAUCUCAUUUUCUUCAGUUCUCUGGUGUUCGAGUGGUAUAUGACUUAGAGAAAGAUGUCGGUUCAAGAGUUAUAAGUGCUGUAGUACGGUGUUCGACAUGUUCCGUACCACAAUUCUAUGUUAUUGAAGAAUCAAAAGAAUACAAAAUUAUUGUGCCAACCUCUUUACUGGAUACUCAGUAUGGAUUUUCAUCGUUCCAAGGACUACCAACUGAUAACCUAAAAUAUGAUAUAGUAACUUGCGUAACAGAAUAUAUAAACCAGCGAACUCCGAUAUAUCCAGAAGUGGCUGGAAGAAUAUCACUUGGAAAUCACGAAUUCGAUAAUGGUGUUUCUGGAUUGAAACCCUUCAUAAAAAACGUGACAUGUCCAGUUUUGGCUUCGAAUCUUGAUCUAACGAUGGUACCAGAAUUAGCAAAUGCAUCAAAUUUAAUGAACUCUGUCAUUAUCGAUAUUAAAGGAACAAAAGUUGGUAUCAUAGGUUACUUAACGCCUGAUACAAAAGUACUAGCAAUUAAAAAUUACGUGAAAUACAUAGAAGAAGUAACUGCCAUUAAAAAAGAAGUAGCAACCCUAAAAAAACUAGGAGUGGAAAUAUUAAUAGCAUUAGGACAUUCUGGGUUCACGAAAGACUUAGAAAUAGCUAAUAAAGUUGAAGAUAUUGAUGUAGUCAUAGGCGGACAUACAAACACAUUUUUAUGGAAUGGCACUGUUCCUGAUAUUGAAAAAUCUGAAGGACCUUACCCGACACUUGUAAAACAACAUUCAGGGAGAUUGGUCCCUGUAAUACAAGCUUAUGCAUAUACAAAAUAUAUAGGAAAAUUAUAUCUUGUUUUUAAUUCAGAAGGAGAGCUCGUUAAAUUUAAUGGAAAUCCUACACUAUUAGAUAAAAACAUACCACAAGACCCUGAUGUUCUGGCAAUUGUUAACAAGUACCAUGAUGAUGUAUUGAAAGUAACAGAAGAUGUUGUUGGUAGCACUUUAGUACAUUUGGAUGGACAUUCAUGUCGUCUACAUGAGUGUAAUAUGGGAAAUUUAAUUACCGAUGCAAUGAUAUAUAAAUAUGCUUCAGAAUAUAAAGGAGAGGGUUGGACAGACGCACCUAUUGCCAUUAUUCAAGGUGGUGGAAUAAGAUCCUCAAUAACUCAUUCGAAUACAUCAACCAAAGUUACAAGGGGUGAUUUGUUAACUGUCAUGCCGUUUGACGGGAUGAUGGUGAAAGUAACUGUAAAAGGAACUGAAAUCUUAAAAAUGUUGGAGCAUGCAGUAGCAAAAUACAGAACAAUACGAGCCCUUGGACAGUUUUUACAAUUAUCAGGAAUUCGGGUUGAAUAUGACUUUAAUAAGAGUCCUGGGCAGAGGGUAGUUAAGGUCUUAAUCCGUUGUGGUAUAUGUCAAGUGCCAAUUUAUUUACCUUUAAAUACUAGUAGCACAUAUAAUAUACUGAUGCCUUCAUUUUUAGCUAUGGGAGGCGAUGGCUUAUCUUCCCUUGGAAAUCACGAGUUCGACAACGGCGUCAGUGGACUCACCCCCUUCAUAGAAAAUUUAACUUCACCAGUUCUAGCUGCUAAUCUUAUUCUAACGAAAGUUCCUGAAUUAGCAAAUGAAACGAAUCUUAAAAAAUCUAUUAUAUUAGAUGUUUUUGGACAAAAAAUUGGUAUUGUAGGAUAUUUAACACCUGACACUAAAAUAUUAGCUGUAAAAAAUGAUGUUGAAUAUAUUGAUGAAGUUGUUGCCCUCAAAGUCGAAGUCGCCAAUUUACAGAAACAAGGAAUUAAAAUAAUAAUAGGGCUUGGUCACUCUGGAUUCGCUAAAGACUUAGAAAUAGCAAAAGAAGUGGAUGGACUGGACUUAGUUAUUGGUGGUCACUCUAAUACAUUUCUUUGGAAUGGUACAACUCCAGAUACUGAAGAACCUCAAGGACCUUAUCCAACGUACGUCAGACAAUCAUCAGGAAGGCUAGUACCAGUAGUACAAGCAUAUGCUUACACAAAAUAUCUUGGUAAAUUGCAUAUGGUGUUUGACGCAAACGGAGAACUUGUCAGUGCCGAUGGAUAUCCUAUUCUUCUAGAUAAUUCAAUACCGCAAGAUCCUGAAAUCGUUAAUAUUGUCGAAAGAUAUAGAGAAGGAGUAACUAGCUUAUCGAAGCAGGUAGUAGGUUCUACAGCAGUUUUACUAGAUGGGCUAAGUUGUCAAGACAGGGAAUGCAAUAUGGGUAAUUUAAUAACAGAUGCUAUGAUUUUCACAAAUGCUGAAAACUAUACGGGACAAUACUGGACAGACGCCGCGAUAGCUAUUAUACAAGGAGGUGGUGUAAGAUCAUCUAUAGCACAUCCGGUUUCUCCAGCAGCAGUGACAGAAGAAGAUUUGAUAAAUGUUUUACCAUUCCAAGGCUCUCUGGUACGAGUCACAUUGAAUGGCAAUACCAUAAUACAAAUGCUUGAACAUGCAUCCCUUGGAAACCACGAAUUCGACGAAGGUGUAGAUGGAGUUGUGCCAUUUAUAAGGAAUUUGACAUCACCUGUGUUAGCCGCUAAUCUUAUAUUGGAUAAAGUGCCAGAGUUAGAACAUGAAACAAAUUUAUAUAAAACAAUCGUAUUAACGAUAGCAGGAAACCGAAUAGGUAUAAUAGGCUAUCUAACACCAGAAACGAAGUUUUUAGCUCCAAGAAAUAAAGUGGAAUACGAAGAUGAAGUUAUAGCUAUAACUAGAGAAGUUAAUAAAUUAAAGGAACAAGGCAUAAACAUUAUUAUUGCGCUUGGUCACUCGGGUUUCUAUAAAGAUUUAGAAAUUGCAAAAAAUGUUCCUGAUCUCGACGUGGUUAUAGGUGGUCAUUCAAACACAUUCCUGUAUAAUGGUAGAAGUGAAGAGAAACCAGAAAUACCACAAGGACCUUAUCCCACAAUAGUAAAACAAUCAACAGGAAAACCAGUGUUAGUAGUACAAGCGUAUGCAUACACUAAAUAUAUAGGACAACUGUAUUUGACGUUCAACGCUGACGGCGAAAUAGUAAACCAUGAUGGAACACCCUUACUUCUGAAUGAAGAAGUACCUAAUGACCCUGAGUUAUUACAAACUAUAAACAAAUAUCGAAGUAACAUCGAUAGGUUAAACAGUGAAAUAAUCGGAGUAUCUUCAGUCUUCUUAAAUGGGGAUUGUCGCUUAAAAGAAUGUAAUAUAGGUGAUUUAAUAACUGAUGCAAUUCUAAACUACACCAGGCGAUAUUACAAAGAGUAUUCAGAUGCACAUAUAUCUGUAGUUCAAGGUGGGAGAAUAAGAGCAUCAAUAGAUCGACCAGACAAACCUUUUAAUUUGACCAGAAACGAUUGGAUGACUGUAUUGCCCUUUUCUGAUCCUUUAACAAUAGUGACGAUGAAUGGAACUAUAUUAAAAAAAAUGCUAGAACAUUCUGUGUCAACGUGGCGUCUUAUAGACAGUACUGGGCAAUUUUUGCAAGUGUCUGGUAUGCAAGUUGUGUACGAUUUAGCUAAACCACCCGGAUCUCGUGUUAUAUCAGUGAGAGCUAGCUGCACAAAAUGUAAAGAUAUGGAAUUUAGAGACGUACAAGACUAUUAUGAGUACAGAUUAUUUAUGCCAAGUUUUUUAGCAGAUGCUGGUGAUGGUUAUACAAUAUUUGAUGGUCUUCCAAAAGAGCAAAUUCAGUACACUGAAUUAGAAUGUGUUUUAGACUAUAUUCGACAUUACGGUCCAAUCAGUCUUGAAGGAACGGGACGGCUGACUAUAAAUAAUGAAGAUAAAGUUAGUAAUGAGACAUUUAACAAAUUAACGGGUUCUAAUAGUGUCUUGCUUUCGCCCAACAUUAAUAUUUAUUUUAUAAUUAUUUCCAUGUAUUCUGUUUUAUUAGAAAUACUUUGAACUAAACAAAACCGCUCAACUGGUUUGUUUAAGACAUAACAUGUGAUAAUUGAAGGUGAUUUACUUAAAUAAAAAUAUUUUUUUAA